GAUCUAAAGUUACAUCAAAAAGAUGAAAAUUGAUAACAUUUUGAACAAAGAGAAAUCACCUGAUAAAGCAACGAUAGCAGAACGAAGUGCCAGCAUUGAAGACAUUAAAAAGUCACAAAAGUUUUUCGACUUUAAUGAUCUGACAGCGACCAACAUAAACAACAAUUUGUUGCAAGAACAGGAGACGAUUUACGAUUAUUUGCCGCCGACAACAAGCAAACUGAAGAAGCUUCUUCUAAACAGCUCAAAUAUUGACAACAUCGAUUCUCAUCAUAAUCAGAAUCAAAAGAAUUCCAGCUUCAUUAACAACAGUGCUGUGACAGUGAAUUUAAAUAACCUAACACCUGCCGCCAAAGAUUUUAACAUCGUAAAUGUAAGCAACGAAGCAGCGUUGCCACUCGCCACAAGCAACAAUAAUAAAAACACAUGCAGUAACAAAAAAGUGAAUAAUGUUGCGAAAAAGAACAACGCUAAAAGUGUUAACAAACAAAAACUUUUCCUAUGCAGCGAGUGCAACGAAUACUUUCUAAAGUUACAUCUCUUUAAUCAUAUAAAAAGUGUACACAAUAAAUUCACAUGCUUAUAUUGCUACGGGUUCUUUGUCGAUAUUGUUGGACUCGAGAAGCAUCUCGUGAAGAAACAUAAAGUGCAUAAUUCGUCGUUUAUAGAUGAACAAAGUUUGCAAUGCUUCUUGAAUAUCAAUUCAAGUAAUGUAACAACAAAAAUCUACAAGGCUGUUUGUUGUAAAUGUGGCGAAAUCUUCACGAUAGGAAAUGACAGAAUAUCAAAUCACAAAUGUUGUGAAAAUGAACUUUCUGGUUUACAAAAAGAAGAAAUUCUUCCUCAAAAUAACACGACAACAUUGGAUGUAGCCAAAGAAAACUUUUAUUGCAAUCAAGCUAUUCAACAAUGGUUUCAGCCGUCAACAGCAACAACAUUAACAAACACAGAAAAUCAUCCGCAAACAAAUGAGAAUCAACCGAUCUUAAAUGAGGAGGAUUCUAGUCAACCAUCAUUAAAUGUUUUAAGAAAUAAUAAUGAUUCGUUGUGGCAUGAGAAAGAGGAAGAAAAUCAUCAACAACAACAACAACAACAUCAACAAAAUGAAGAAAAAGAAAAGUUGGUUGUGCCAAAACUGACAUUAAAAAUUCCAAAAGCAUUUCAAAAUCAACAGUUCGACAACAUUGAUUCAGAUGAGGAUAGUGGCGAUGAAUGUGACGACAGUUCUGAUGACGAGAAUGAAGUUUAUGAAUCAAAUAAUAGUGGAGGACAAAAUAUGUCAAAAUCGAACGAUCAUGAUGACUUUUCAUCGUUAAGUGACAGUGAUGGUGCUGUUGCUUCGGUUGUACCUGUUAAAAAGCCCGAAAAUUUACCGAGUCUCAAAUUAAAGAUAAAAAAUUUGGCAAGUAAUAAUCCUGAGAGUGUUCUGGAAAGUUUCGACUUUCCUCCUCCUCCUCCUCCGCCUCCAUUAAAUGAUGAAAUAAAAUCCACGUUAAAUGAAGAAGAUGAGAAGGAGAAAGAUGAUAAUGGUGAUCAUCCGAUGGACAUUUCAAAUGCAAGUGAUGUUGAUUUAUCAGAAUGUCCAAUGGACUUAGAACCGGAAAAAGUUAAUGAACCUCAGAAGCUCAUCAUAAUUGACGGUGUCAUUGUGACACCAGCAAACGAAGAUGUUCUCACACUCGAUAUAAAUUUAAAGGAAAGUCUCGACAAGAUUGAAAUUGUGAAACUUAUGAAGAUCUGUUUGAAAGCGUCGUUUCCAUUCUGUCUUUAUUGUAACCAUGCAAGAAAGAUUGUUGUUAAUGGACGUGCACUUGCAACACAUUUCAUCAGUCAUCAUCGCUUUCAUGCUAUGGUUGACAGCAUAACAGCUGAAGAACUUCAUCCAGAGAAGAUUGUUAGUAAGUUUGAAUCGUCGAUUGAUGAAUUGAAAUCAAGUUUCUUUAAUUUGGAAACAUUUGAUAAUCAAGAUGAUGAGAAGAAAGAAGGCCAUGUAACAAUUUCACAUGACAAACUUUAUGAAUGCUUUCAAUGUCGAUUUCAAACACCAAUUCAUAAAGAACUUUAUCUUCAUAAUCGUAAAAUGCAUCAAAAGUCGCUGAUAAAUUGUCUCAUGUGUAAAAUGAUGUUCUACAGUUACAGUGAAUUACUUUGUCAUAUUUGUCCUGGUGUCGCCAACAAGCAGAUGUUUCUCGAUUACAAAUUCUAUUGUUGUUUAUGUAAUCUUGACAACAUUCCAUCAGCAUUUCGUUUGAUGGUUCAUUUGCGUAAGAAACAUUACGCAUGUGAUGUUUGCUUGGAGAAGUGCAGCGAUCAAAGUAAAUUAUCAAGUCAUGUGUGGAAACAUAAACUCUUUCAUCUCUGCUAUCGUUGUAAUAUUUGUUAUCGUAACAAAGCUGAUAUCAUGAAGCAUUUAUUUUGGAAGCACGGAACCGAGGGAAUUGAAUGUAAAAAAUGUUUACAAAAGAAAUGGCCACACGUGUAUCAUUUUUGCAUUCCACCAGCGACCUUUACUUGUGUACAUUGCGAGAUGAGCUUCUCAAGUGCAAUGGCUUUGAACGUUCACACGAGACUCCAUGAAGACGGCGCUAAAUAUGCUUGCUCUGAGAUUGGAUGUGAGAAGAAGUUUGUGUCACGAAAGCUUUUAUUACGUCAUCUUGAGCGACAUCAAAUGGAAUUAGCAGCAGCAACUGGUGGUGGUGAUAAUGAUGGUCAAGAGAGACCGGAAGGUAUUGUUAUGAUUCCAGCGGAAAUUCCUGAUGGAUGUUGUACAAGAACAAUGCCAGUUGUGUUUAAACGACUCAUUAAGAAACCGGCAGUGAGGAAAAUUGAAUCGGAAGUGAAGACGGAAGUGACACAAGAUCAACAACAACAGCAGCAAAAGAAAACAGAAGAAAAAGAUGAGAAAAAUUUACUUGAUUUACCUGAAACAAAUCUUAAUCUUUCGGAAAGUUCUGACAGCGAUUCGUCAUCUGAUGAUGAAGGUGAAGCUGGUGAAAAGUCAAUUGAUGCUUUAGCGGCGCUUGUUGAAGCUGGGAUUGAAGAUUCUCUUAUGCCAUCGGACUCACCAGCAAAAGAAGUUAAAUCACUUGCAGAGCUUGCAAAAGUUUCAUCAUUGAGUGAUUCAGAUGAUGAUGCGGACGAUGAAAAGAAAUCGACGGAAGUGAAGAAAAUUGAAGAAACUUCAACAAGUGAAAAUAAAGAAAAUAUUAAAAAGGAAGAAGCUUCCGAUGCUGCUGCUGAGCAGAAAAUUAUAAAAGAAGAGAAAGUUGAAUCGAAGAAAGUGAACGACGAUGAUGAUGAUCAGAAAAUGAUGGAAGAUAAACUUCCAGCUAACGUCAUUCUUCAUGUGUGCCAAUCAGAUCAUGACUAUGCAAGUCUUUAUCGACCAUCAAGUGGUGCAACAAAAGACGAUCUCGAAGAUAUGAUAAAAACAGCCAAGAUUGAGAAAGAGAAAAAGAAAAUUGAAAAAGCAAAUGCAAAAGCUCAGAAAAUGAAGAAAGGUGGAACGACAAAUAAAAAUGAUGACUUCUCAUCGAGUGAUACAAGCAGUGGCUCAUCAUCAGGAUCAUCUAGUUCAUCUAGUGGUGGAAGUAGCUCAAGUUCAAGUGGAAGUAGUUCAGAUUCAAGUUCUUCUGAAGCGUCGAAUAAAGAAGUCAACAACAAAACGAGAAACAAGAAAUUCUCUAAGAAGCGUGCAAAGAAAGAAAAGAAAACAAAGACGGAAGAUGCAGAAGAACAGGAAGUUCCAAAAGAUCCCGAUGACAUCAUUUAUGAGUCAGAUUUGUUGACAGAUGCAACUGACACCGAUGAAGAUUUCUACGAUGAACAUCCUUUAAAGCUCGACAGUCAAAUGGCUGAAAAACGAAAGCAUUUAUUAAAAGGCGGCGUAAUUGAUGGAAUUGUUGAGAAUUCACGUCCAUCGACACCAUCCUUACCACCUGACGAGAAAAUUGAAAGAAAAAUGAAGAAUAAGAAACGAAAGAAGGAACAUCGAAAGUCAAUGUCAAGUCCUCGAUCCAAACGUCCACACAAUGACGACA